AUGACUACCCGAUACAGAGUAGAAUAUGCCCUCAAGACCCAUCGCCGGGAUCAACUAGGGUUACUGGCUGUCCCCUUUGUGCUUCACUCCCAGCCCACCGCCAUUUCCGAGGAACAUGGCGAAGGCCUGAAAGCGGUCGCUGCAGAUACCCACCUCCGAUAUGCUGAGAUUAUGAAAGAUGUAGAGAAUCUGAUGCUUGAUCAUAUCCAUCACCAUGAACGCAAUGCCCCCGGGAAAUCCAAGCUGAACCUCCUCGUUCCCACCGUGGGACUCUUUUUCACUCAUCUGUACCUGGAGGAUGCAUUCAAAUACCAAGAUCGCCUGCGAUUUAUCAGUCGACGACGAUUUGUCGCCCCCUCAUUCAAUGACAUCCGAUUGAUCUUGAACUCCGCCCAAAUUCUGGGCCUGGUCCGCUCCAGCAAUGUGAAGUUGGUCACAUUCGAUGGAGAUGUGACCUUGUACGAUGAUGGUGCCUGUUUGAUGCCCGACAACCCCGUCAUCCCCCGGAUCUUGCGCCUGCUGCAGCAGGAUCGAAAGAUCGGCAUCGUGACGGCGGCCGGGUACACCGAUGCGCCCAAGUAUUACGAGCGGCUGCAGGGCCUUUUGGAUGCAAUCCACGUCUCCCCGGAUCUCACGGCCGAACAGAAACAGGGACUCAUUGUCAUGGGCGGCGAGAGUAAUUUCUUGUUCCGCUUCGACCCAACCUCCGAUGCCCGUCUGGCCUACGUGCCACGGGAGGAGUGGCUGUUGGAUGAGAUGCAGGCCUGGAGUGAGGGGGACAUCACCGAGCUGUUGGAUCUGGCUGAGUCGGCCUUGCGCGCGUGUGCUGCAAACCUCAAUCUGCCUGCCGCCGUGCUGCGCAAGGACCGGGCCGUGGGGGUCUACCCAGUGAACGGCGUGCGGAUCAAUCGGGAACAACUGGAAGAGACGGUUCUGGUGGUUCAAAACACCGUCCAGCGAUCGGCGGUCGGUUCUCGAUUGCCAUUCUGUGCUUUCAACGGUGGCAAUGAUGUGUUUGUCGAUAUCGGAGACAAGUCCUGGGGUGUGCGCGCCUGUCAGCGCUACUUUGGGGGCAUUGAUCCGUCCAAAACACUGCAUGUGGGAGAUCAAUUCUUGUCCGCUGGAGCCAAUGACUUCAAGGCCCGGCUUGCAUCAACAACUGCCUGGAUAGCAAGUCCUGCAGAGACUGUAGAUCUCCUCGAUGAGUUGGAGGAGACUGUGCGCGCCUAA